AAGCAUUCCAAUGGAUUUCGGACUUCGAAAGAGUUUGCAGAGGAGUAAAUGAUAGUGAAAUUUUUCAACUUCGCUGUGUCCGAAUGCUGAUGAAACCAGGAACAGAUGCCGACCUGUUCUUGCGUGUUGACCGUUCGAAUUCUUACGAUACAUUUAAAGAAAGUUUUCUCAAGACAUUUGGCCAUGGAAAUUCAACAGUUGAUAUCGUAUUGCUUCUGAAGGAUACCAUCUUUAAUCCUAGCAAGAACACCGUCAUGGGCUACAUACCUCAAAUGGAGGAAAUUGCUAUGCGUGCAGAUAUUGAUGAAAAGUUAACAGUACAAUUCAUAAUUGACGGUUUUCGAGAUCGGUCAUCCAAUAUCGCGCUAUUGUACUCAGCAACCACAAUUGGACAAUUGAAGGAGAUGGCUCGGAAAUAUGAAAAUCUACGGAAGGUUCCCAAAACGUCGACCAUUCGCACGGGAAUCGCUUUCGCUGGAGAAAGAGGUCAAAUACGCUGCUUUAAUUGUUCGGCACAUGGACACUACGCUUCAUCUUGUACUGCACCAAAGCGCGAGAAAGGAUCCUGUUUCCGUUGUGGAUCCCUUCAGCAUAGGAUCAAGGAUUGUCAACAGCAGCCGAAAACUAAUCCGAGAGUCGUGGGAGCAACCAACAACCAGUUGAUACGAAAUGAGGAGGAGAACAAUACGUUUAUUCCUAUAUUUAACCAGCGCCAUUAAUUUAAUCCAGCGCACAGCGAUACCAUUUAAAAAGUUUAAUGACGUAUUGAGCCCAACAGAAUAUUGCGGUGUUAAUGGAUCUCGAAUAAAUACAUUUGGAAAAAUUUUUGUUAAACUUAAUUUUCAAAACAUAGAAGAAGAAAUAUCAUUUUUUGUUGUACCCGACAAUUAUGU